CUCUGCUCUGGUUAACGAGUUGAUUUAGUGACAGCCUUUCCACCUGCCAGGUAACUAACUUUACCAGUGAGAAACAACUAGCUAACCGCUUGAACACAAAGCUGAGAUGUUUCGGUGAUGCGACCAAAGGAAAACCAGGAAAAUCACCUUUUCAAAAUGGCUUCCAUUUGUUAACAGUAAACCUUUGUUAUGCAGAUAUAGACAGAAAAGAGAGAAAAUAUAAUUCCCAGAACCGAUAAUGUCUGGGCAAGGUGCUGUAGUCAUUGAUUUAAAUGAGGAGGUUGCAAUUUUACCUUCUGGUCCAACUGCAGACCCACAAAUAGAAGGAAGUAAAAAGCCAAAACACAGCCCUAGUAGUGAAGAGGUGAAGGAGAUAACAGAUGAAGGGGAAGAGGAGGAGGAGGAGGAAGUGACAAGUUCUGCUCAUCUGGAGCCAAGCACUUUACCAUGGCCAGGAGACCAAGGCAAGAAGCUCCUGUUGGACCAGGGUGAUGGCGUUUCAGGGCUGGAGAUCAAGGACGCAGGGAUCAGCAAAGGCAGCCAAGACCUGUCGGAGAAGCAGAGCCAAGCAGAGAGUGACAUGAGGAGCAAAGCCAAAUGGAGAGAGAGCAUGCCUGAGGGUGAGAGGUGGACGGAGGAUGAAAUUGAGGUGCAGCAGGGCAGUAAAGGCGACGGCUCACUCGCAGAUGAUGAGAAGGAGGGAGAGGAAGAAGAGGAUGAGGAGUGGAUCUCAGAGAAGCCUGCUUUGGGUUUCACCCCACAUGUCAUGAUUGUGAAUCCAUCUGGUAAAGAUGCACCUGAAGAGAGAACGUACUUUACAGACAAAAAGAUGGAGAACGAGCCGAAGAUGGAGCCUGACUCGGCUGCACAGUUUUACCCAGACUGGGAGGAGCAGGAUGACAAGUACUAUGUGUGUGAGCAUUUUUGCAGUGAGAAACUGAGGCUGGUUUUAGCGGUGGCGGCUGGAGGGCUUUUCUUUCCUCUCCUGGUUUGGGGAGGUUACGCUUGGCUUCCUUUUGAUUCGCCCCUGCUGGAGAGCGCCCCCCUCAGGGUGCUGUACACUCUGCGCUGCUCGUUCUUCGCCAUCAUCCCCAUCCUGCUCGGUGUGGUGGUCCAGGGCAUGGCACGGCUGCGUCACAGUUCCCUGAACCCCCUCUAUCAGAGUAAAUUAGUUAACAAGGAAGUGAUCAUACAUUGGCACUACGUCAACGAAUCCCUGGCUCUCUUCCUCUUCUACUUCCUGCAGCUGGCUGUCAUGGCAACAUACGUCAGCCAGGACCUGGUUAAACUGGUGCCACUGCUCACCAUCAUAUUUGUUUUUGGCAGGCUGAUCUACUGGCUCUGCCUCUCUUUUGGCAGUACCAUCAGGGGCUUCGGCUUCGCCUUCUCCUUCUUCCCCAUACUGGUCAUGCUGGGCGCCAAUCUCUAUUUCGUGUGCUCAUCUGAGGGACAGGAUUCUGUUUUUGAUGUGGCGCCGCCCACGACUGCACCUCCCCCAAAGCAGCGCUGGUGGGGUUAAAGAGUGGUGUUCAAAAAGCAGCGAGAAGCUGUCAAAACUCAUCACAUCACACACAACCAGAGUUGUUUGUUAUUUUCUUUCUUUUAAAGUUGUAACCCUCAAAAAAUUCAGUCCCCGUUGAUUUUGAAGACCCUCGUGGGUGCCAUGGUAACAGCAGGCACAGUUUGUAAUGAGCUACUUGAUUAGAAAUGAUGAGCAGUUAGUGUAUCUGUUUACAGCUCAGCCAAAAAAAACUCAGGGUUUAAUUAUGUAGCUGAAAUAUCGUCAUUUCUUUUCAAUAUCAAGAAAAAAAAAUCAAAUACUGUGUAUUUUAUGUCUCAGGUCUUUGCUGCGUUGACGUCAGCCAGACCACAGUGAGACCCACUUUUUCAAGUAGCCUUGGUCCACUUGUCUGCUGCACACCAAGAUUCGGAUGAUGCCAUUCAAGCUUCUUCAAAAUGGUCCAGUCAGAUAAAACGUUUCCAUCAAAGUGAACUGGUUGAGUGUGAACAUGCCCUCAGAACUAAACUGCACUAAUGACCCAAUUUAACCAGAAAUCAAUACAAAGGUGUGUCGUGUACUAGAUAAAACCCCACUCUCUAUUUGUGAAACCUAAAUAUUUUUCUGGGGAUGACAAACAGCACUGCCAAUAAAAGGGGGAAAAAAAGCUUCAGUAUAAAUUUCUAAAUUUUCUGUAAAUAUAUUGAAUGCUGACUAUAAACUGUGUUAUACUUGAAUAGUAUUCAUUCUAGUAUUUUCUUUGACCGUUGUUUAGGAAACAGUUUUCACAAGAUUUAAAUUUAAGAUGUCUUUAAGUUUACAAAGUCUUGAUUUUUUUUUUUUUCCUUUUUUUUUUCAUUUAAUAAGGAAAAAAUUCUCAUGGCCUGUUUGUUUUAAUUUGGUACCUUUCAUCUUCCAUUCAGGAAUCUUAAACAGCUGUUUGAUUUAUUUUUAGAUGUGAUGAGAUGAUGUUUCUUGCACUUUGGAUUUUAUGCUAAAGCAAAAAAAAGGAAGUGUAAACGGGGCUAAAUUUGGUUUUGAUGUUUUAUCUGCCUGAUUUACAUGAUUGGGAUAUUUGUUUUGCAAAUGAUAAACUUGCAGCUAGUAAUGUUGAGGCACUGGUGGUACUUGUAUUUAUACCCAGCUAUAAAUACAAGCUUAACUACCAACGUCAAGGCAUUGCAUUUUACACCUUAAUUUUAAAGAAGCGAGGGAGACUGAGACAAUUUGGGGGGAAAAAAAGUCAAAUAAUGUGCAGUACAGGUCAGCAGUGAACUGAACCCAGAGCUUGAUUGCAUUUGCACUCUUCAUUUUGGUUAACAGGUUUAUACGUUUGCAAGAAACAUCAAGAAUAACGUUGCCAUGGAUACAUGGUUUGAGCGUGGGCAGCAACAUUAGACCCAUUUGACAUGUUUAUAUUUUGGAAAGUCAAGUUUGCUGUUUUUGAUGUACAGAGUAAUAUUCUACUGUGCAUUUUAUAUCUAAAAAAAACUUUCUAUGAUACUGAAGUAGUCUUUAAAUCUUCUGAUUUUCAGGCAAGUUUAGAUCUGUUGUUUAUUCCUUUCGCAGUGCACACGUCCAGGAAGUUACUGAGUGCUGCAAACUGAGCCUACGUUUUCUUUUUUAAGGCAUGUGUUUAUUUUCCGUUUAGGUGGAGGGCUUGAAUUCUAGGAUCCUGGUGCACGCACGUUCCCCAUCCUGAUUAUGAGAUACACAUACAUCCAGGGAUAUAGAAUAAAAAGUAAAUGAAAUACUGAAGUCACCAUAUUUUACAAAAUAUUAAAUAUAAAAUGGGAUUUAUGUUGCUGCCUGGCAUCCGACUCAGUCUCCAUAGCAACAUAUUACCUAUCAGCCCAACUGCUGUCGUAUGAUCAUACAAAUUCAGAACUUAUGGAUUUUUUUUUAUAUUGCAUUUAUUAUAUAUUAAUUGUAAAAGCUAAUGUCAAUGCAUUAAAUUAGGUUAUUAUGGUAUGUUGUGAUUUUCGCACAUUUUCCACUUGCAAAGUAGUCAGUUCUCACAAGUAUGAUAAAUAGCAAAUUCAGUGUCAGUCUCUGGUCUGUUUUGCAUUUUCUGUAUGACCAGAGCAUAAUGUCUAAUGCAGCGAUCCUCAAUCCAGCCCUCGGGGGCCAGGAAAUGCGGAUCCCUGGUCUAAUGUGUGAUCAAUGAGCUAUUAUUUUAUCUCUUUUAUUGGAUUAAUGAAUGGAUAAUGGAACAUUUUUCCCUUCAUUUUCCUUCUUUGGAUUUUCAUCUAAGUAUGAAAAGGAAAGAAAAAAUUAUUUACUUAAAUUGUUAGCAUCAAGUUGUAUCUAUGACUUCCUGCUGAUGCUAUGUGGAACUCGAAGAGGUAUUUAUAACUGAGACUGUUGAAUGCUUCUUUGUUUUAUUGAUCAAAGUCUUUAACAGCAGCAUAAACUGCGAGGCUAUUUUGGUAGAAUCUCUUCUUUCUUUUGAAGGAUAUAAAUAUAUAUUGCAGUCUGAAUGGCGAGAAAAGCAAAUAUCAAUAUUUGGGCUUUGAGUUAGUUAAAUAAAGCUUUAUGAAACACGAUGC